AUGGAUGAUAUGUAUUUAGAUGUCACGGCUGAAUACACCGAUGAUUGUAAAAUAACUCAAAUUGAAUAUCAUUCAUUUUUACCUUAUUCAACAUCUGCCCUCUCCAAUAACGAUGAAGUACGUAUUGCUUUACAUAACACAGAGUCUUAUACUUUACCAUGUGAGAGUUAUAUUUACAUCGAGGGUACAAUAACCAAACCUACAGAAAUAACUGAAGAAAUUAGAGUUAUAAACAAUGGACUGUCAUUUCUUUUCUCUGAAAUGAAAUAUGAAAUAAACGGUACUCAAAUUCAAAAACUUGUUAACCCAGGUAUUUCGACUACAUUAAAAGGAUAUUGUUCGUAUAAUAAAUCAAAUAUUAUAUCGCAUCAUAACGCUGCCUGGGAUUGUGAUAUUAAAAAUGCCAAUAAAGAUUUUAUCGACAGCGGUAAUUUUAACGGGUGUAUUAAUCUUAAAGAUUUAGCAUCGAUCGAUAUGAAUGCUGUUAAACAGUUUAAAAAUAAUGAAAUAGUAGACGCUCCUAAACUAAAAGACGUUAAAAUAAACAUAACAAAAAUAUUGUGGAGAAUGCCUAUAGUGAAAGUGAGUGAUAGAGAAAAAAUACGACUGUUGAAAGUAAUCAACAAUCAGAAACCUCUAACAUGUGCGUUUAGAUCGUGGGAACUGUGUGAAUAUCCGUUUUUACCUCAAAACACUUCGCAUUCGUGGAAAGUCUAUUUAAGCUCUGAAGUAUUCCCAUAUGAAGAUUUUCAAAGCGACUUUACUAAGAACAAGAUGGCUACAUUAUAUCACGCAUAUACCGAGUUCCAGAAAUCAUACUAUGGUUAUAACGAUGUGACACCUCUAUUGAACCGUUCGGAUUUCAAAAAUCUUUCUCCAAUUAUUGUUGUCGACAUGAUUCGGCAGAACGACAACGUGAAAAUGUCAACCGUAGACCUCAGGAUUGAACUUGAAGUUGAUGAAGCGUUCUCAUCUGCUACUUCAGCAUAUUGUUUAAUAUUACAUGAUCAAAUUAUAACUUAUAAUCCAUUUAAUGGAGAAGUAAGAACCUUGUAA